AUGGAUCAAGAGCUCGUCCAGCUUCUCGCCGAUACCCAGAACGCCGCGGCAGAGACUCGAAAGAACGCCGAGCUGCGCCUGCAGAGCCUCUACUCAAACGAGAGCUUCCCUCUCUCCCUCGCCUCGAUAGCAUCGCACAGCUCGGUUCCCGUCCCCCUGCGUCAGUCUGCCCUCGUCGUCCUCCGUACGUUCAUCAAUGCAGCAUGGUCCUCGCAGCUCGACGACUUCAAGGGCCAGGUCCUGGUCAGUGACGCGAACAAGGCACAUCUCAGGCGCGUGCUGCUUGACCUAGCUACGUCUCCGGAGCAGGAUGACCGCAAGGUCAAGACAUCAGCCAGCUUGGUCGUCAGCCGCAUCGCCAGUGCUGAUUUCCCAGAGGACUGGCCUGAGAUCCUGCCCACCCUGCUGCAGAUCAUUCCCAACUGCACAGAUGUACAGCUUCACGGUUCCCUGAAGGUUCUGUCUGACCUCGUGGAGACUGGAUUUAGUGAAGAGCAGUUCUUCAAGGUGGCCAGAGAGCUCGUGUCGACCGUGUUCAACGUUGCGACUAACACCUCGCGCAAGCCGGUGUUGCGGGCACUCGCAGUGUCCACUUUCAGAGCCUGUCUUGAUACUUUGGAGAUGGUCAUUGAGCAGCAUAAGCUAGAGGUUAAACAGUUCAUGGACGAGGCCUUGAACGGAUGGCUCCCGUUCUUCAUUGCUACCAUCAAGGAACCGCUCCCUCCUAUGCCCUCGGAGGAGGAGGAAGCCACAGACGCUCCUGGUCCACAGCAAUGGCGUGGUAUCAUCGCCCUGAAAUCACAGGUUGUCAAGACCAUCAUGAAAGUUCGAACCGUGUUGCCUUCGCUCCUGACAACCCAGAGUACCACGCUCUUCCAUACUAUUUGGACCGAGUUGACUACCAUUCAAGGCGCAUACCAACAACUCUACAUCGAUGAUGAGCGGCAGGGUCGUCUCGAAGACGCAGAUAACCUCCCAUACACUCUUGACUUUUUGGUACUUGAAGAGUUGGACCUUAUGCAGGCUUUGCUUCGUGCACCGCCCGUGAGAAUUGAGUUGGAGAACCAAUUGAAACUUGCUGGAGCUACCGCCUCUUCAAGCUGGCUACCUGAGAUGAUGAAGUUGGUUAUAUCCUAUGCCCAGAUCACCACUGAAGAGGAAGGCUUGUGGGAUAUCGAUGUCAACCUUUACCUUUCUGAGGAGACAUCAGUCACUGCAAACUACACUCCCAGAACUUGCGGUGGUGACCUUGUCAUCAGACUAGGAGAGUGGCUCAAGAGUACCGUUGUUGAAACUCUACUUUCAUACACCAACGUCCUCUUCUCAGACCCCAGCACUGGAUGGAAAUACCGUGAAGCGGCUUUGUUUAUCCUUAACCAAUUACUCCGGGACUUGAGUGACGUGGAUCAAACAAUACCUCCCGCCCUCGCAACCAGCUUUAACGAAUUUGUGAAGUUCUGUAUCCAGCAGGACGAAGUUUUCCUCAGAUCUCGAGGCUACCUGGUUGCAGGUGUUAUUGCUCAAACAGCCGGAGAGGGAUUCCAUGAGUCUGCUGUCCCCUACCUUGAAGCUGCCAUCCAGGCUAUCCGGAAUGAUUCUUCAGAUGUUGUCAAAGUCUCUUGCAUUCGUGUCCUGCAGGACUUCUUGCCUUCCCUACCCCAAGCUACGGCAGCACCUUUCCAAGUGCCAGUGCUGUCCAUACUUGCGGAGUACAUCUCUAGCCAUGAUCUACGUGAUAUCUCUGAAGGAGACGAUCUCAAAUUCACCCUCGCGGACACCCUACGUGACACCAUCAUGGUCGACGCUAACACCGUUCUAACCUCUACUGCACUUGAUGUUCUUUUCAACAUUGCUAGUGCUGGUGCAGGAAACUUCCAACUGGCCAUGAUUGUGACAGAAACCUUUGAGCAGAUCGUUGAUCACAUUGCCGGGCAGGGAGCAGAGGCAUACAUUAGCCUCUGCGAGAAAGUACUUCCUCCCUUGACUGGUGCUCUGGAUGUCGGGGGCCUGACUAAGGAGAGCUCGUUAACAAACCUGGCAACUGAUCUAUUGCGAGCUCUUGCUGAGAAUGGCCUAAAGCCACUCCCACAGGGGCUGAUUGCAACCGUAUUACCGAAAUUGAACAGACUACUUCUUGAAUCUGGCGACAGUGAGCUGCUUCCAUCUGCAACCCUGGCUGUCAAGCAUAUGCUUGAGCGCGACCCAGACCAGUUCUUCGCCUGGCAAGAUCCCCAGACGGGCAAAGGUGCUGUUGAGACGGUUCUGAUUAUCAUCGACCGUCUCCUGGGUACGGCUGUGGAUGAUAACGCCGCGUCUGAGGUCGGCGAGCUUGCAGCCGAGUUGGUUGAGAAGGCGGGCGCUGAGAAAUUGGGUCCAUAUCUACCUCAGCUUCUACGUGCGGUUGCCCAGAGACUUGCCACCGCUGAAAAGGCACAGUUGAUUCAGAGUCUCAUCCUUGUCUUCGCUCGCCUAUCUCUCGUCAACACUAGCGAGGUAAUUGACUUCCUCGCUCAACUCGAAAUCAACGGCCAAUCCGGUCUUCAAGUUGUCUUGUCCAAAUGGCUCGAAAACUCCGUCACUUUCGCUGGGUACGAUGAAAUUAGACAGAAUGUCAUCGCACUGUCGAAACUCUACCAGCUUGAUGAUCCCCGCAUUGCCGAAAUCCAAGUCAAGGGCGAGCUCAUCAUCCAAGAUACCGGUAGAAUCAAAACCCGUUCUCAAUCUCGCAAGAACCCAGAUCGAUACACUGUCAUCCCGGCACCUCUGAAAAUCAUUAAAGUUCUUGUUGAGGAGUUGUCUUCUGCCUCAGGCGCACGAGAUAUUCGAGGAGCUGCCGGUUUGUCAGGAGGCCAGCUGGAAGAACUCGAGAGUGACGACGAGAACGAUGACUGGGAAGAUCUCCCAUCCAAUAACGACUUCCUAGACUUGGGUCUCGGUAUCACGAAGCAAGAGUUGAUGGGCUUUGGUGCCGAAGACGACGACGGAGCCCUGGCCAUGAGACAGAGAGAUGAUGAGACGCAGGCGUUUUUAACCCAAUUCUUCACUGAGACUGCUUCCACUCCUAAAUUCCAGCAGAUAUUCUCUGCUCUUACUCCACCUGAACAAGCUAGCCUGCAGAGCCUGUCUUCUUGA